AACUCCACUUUUAUCAUCACUCAUCACUAUCUCUCCUCGCAAUAACCAUUAUUUGUAUAAUUACCUGAACAUUUUCCACAAACUUUUGGUUGACUGUGCAUGGAGUCCUCGAGUAACCUUCAUGGCGGGACGCCGUCUAGUUAUCGGGGCGUCCGCAAGCGAAAAUGGGGCAAAUGGGUGUCGGAGAUUCGCGAGCCUGGAAAGAAAACUCGAAUCUGGUUGGGAAGUUUCGAGACAGCGGAAAUGGCGGCGGCGGCAUACGAUGUUGCAGCUUUAUUCUUCCGGGGGCGUGAGGCCCGCCUUAAUUUCCCGGAGCUGGCGAGUUCGCUCCCCAAGCCCGCGAGUUCCAAUGCAGACGAUAUCCGCAUGGCUGCCCACGAGGCGGCCGUGCGCCUCAGGAGCAGUAGCAAUUGUUCUAACACAGCAAUAUCCGAGGGCUCGUCCAUGGGGUGCGGCGUGGGCGCUGAUGGGACAAGCUUGGGUCCCGUCACUGUCAGGCUGUCGCCCAGCCAAAUCCAGGCGAUAAACGAUUCACCAAUGGAUUCACCGAAGAUGUGGAUGCAGAUGACAGAGGAAUUAAUGUUACAGGAAUCCAUGAUGUUCUCCAAUGAGGUUGAGGAGAAUGACGAGUGGAGUUAUAAUAUGCAAAGUGACUCCCUUUGGGACCCUUAGGUAACUUUAUCCAUUAAAACCCUUCAUUCAUUGAUCACUAUUAUUAUUUAACAUAUAGAAUAAGAACAGGGUUUGUUGAAGUACUGACCCGUAAUAUUAUCGAGUCAAUGUAACUUUUAAGUUCGAUAAUAUUAUCAAGUCAAUAUCGAU